AUUUUCAAUUUUGAAGAAUACAGUACAUUCAACAACACAAACAGAAUGUUCUCUUUGGUCGCUGUAGUUUGCGUAUGCCUUACCGGGUUCGUGCUGUGCAUGGACCAAAUAAAUUCACCCAUGAUGGAGCACCGACAAGAAGUUAGCCAUCCGUUCUUCCAUCCUUAUUUUAGCCAAUUUUUAAUUCAACCGGAAAUAUCAGCCAGAACUCUACAGCAUCGUGGUAGUUACGUCCCGGAAACGGAUGCGAAAAAAUGGCGCGGUUUUGGCUAUUCGAAUUGGAAUUCGAAUUCGAAGGGUGUCGAUGAAUUAUUGCUGCUGAUUGCCAAACAUGGAAUAAAAGGGGAAAAAGGAGAACCCGGAGCGACUGGUGCCCACGGAGAAAAGGGACCAACAGGAAGUCACGGACCAACAGGAAGUAUGGGACCACCAGGCCAUCCAGGACAUCCAGGUCCUCAAGGUCCUCGAGGAUAUCCCGGAUUUCACGGAAUGGCAGGACCAAAAGGAGAUAAAGGAUACAAGGGAGAUAUGGGACAUCAUGGAGAAGGAAAGGGAUAUGAGGGACCACCAGGCCCUGAAGGACCUAAAGGAAGCAAAGGAAGUAAAGGCAGCAAAGGAGACCAUGGAGAAUAUCAUGGAGAUCAUCAUGGAGAUCAUCAUGGAGAUCAUCAUGGAGGCAAGGGAUACCAAGGCAAAGGAGGCAAAGGAGGCAAAGGAGACGGAAAUUCUCGAUGAUUCCGUCGUCUCCAUCUUCCUCACCUGAUGGCCACCAAGUAGAUUUAUAGCAUGGGAAUUGCUUUAGAGAUAUCAAUAGGUUUUGUUAGCUUGAAGACGAAUUGUAGUGUCACCAUUGGGUUGGGUUUUUGGCUGAUUAGAGGUGUGGUGAUGUCUUACGAACACUAAAAACUUUUGCUAAUAUUAUUAUAUCCCCAAAACCAUUGUUAUUACUUAAACAAAUACACGACUUUUGGUGCAAGGUAAAA